AGGUAAUUCUGUGAUUUUUAUUUAAUGAAACAAUGUAGAUUAUUUAUGAUUAAUUUAUGGUUAGUUUAGUAAAAAGCUUAUUAUAUAUUUAUAUGAACCAACAUAUUUUUCUAAGGAUUCUAAGAAUGAUUGUAGUGAUGACAUGUGGCUACAAAAAUAUGUUGUAAUGCUUCUCUUUUAAUAUAUAGGGGAUUGAAAGAGUUAACGUGAGUGCGACACAUAGGAAAGUGACUUCUCAAAUAAUAUUGUAGAGAUUUUUUUUUUUGAACAACUAACAUCACUAUAUAAACUGAUAAACAUAUUGCAUCAACCACGCGCUUUAGGGAAUCGGAGAAACAACGAAUACCAGCGAACUAAAUUGAAAAAAAAACAAGAAAAACGAUGGCGGACCAGCUAACCGAUGACCAGAUCUCCGAGUUCAAGGAAGCCUUCAGCCUAUUCGACAAGGACGGAGAUGGCUGCAUCACCACAAAGGAGCUCGGGACGGUGAUGAGAUCACUUGGGCAAAACCCUACAGAAGCUGAGCUCCAAGACAUGAUCAACGAGGUUGAUGCAGACGGGAAUGGAACGAUAGAUUUCCCGGAGUUUCUGAACCUAAUGGCCCGCAAGAUGAAGGACACUGAUUCAGAGGAAGAGCUUAAAGAAGCCUUCAGGGUUUUUGACAAGGACCAGAACGGUUUCAUCUCCGCGGCUGAGCUCCGCCACGUGAUGACAAAUCUUGGGAAGAAGCUAACUGACGAAGAAAUGGAUGAGAUGAUCCGAGAGGCUGACGUGGAUGGUGAUGGUCGGAUCAACUAUGAUGAGUUCGUCAAAGUUAUGAUGGCAAAGAGUCCUUGCUGUUAGGUAUGAGAGCUUGUGACCUCAUAUUCUGUUUGAGUAUCAGAGAAGGAAGAAGAUGAGUGAGAGAGUAGAGGGUGAAAAUUACGUGAGUAACGUGGAGAAAGAGGUUGUUGGUAGCACCUGAGGUAUGAGGAUCAAUAAGGAAUAAAGAGAAUAAGAGAGGAUGAGCUGUGGAGUAGUCGCUUACUACGAGCAAGUGGGAUGUUGGAUCAGGAGACGUAAUUUUAUAUAUUAGCAUUCGUAUUUUAUUUGCUUUUCAUCAAGGAUUUAAUCAAAGUUGUAAAAAGGGGAGGAGAGAAACUAGCUCCCAAUAUUAGUUUUCUCAAACCUUGUAACGAUUUUAUCAAUUCUAUAAAAUCAUCUUUUUCA